UGGGAUGCUAAUUUCAUAUUAAUCAGAACGAUUAGUCAAAUGAUACGCUGCGAGUGUAGAGUUUCGAAAGAACAACAUCUCAUAUUGCCUGGGAUUGGGACUAUUUAUAUCUGAGCAGUUUGGGUGUGAGUCUAAAUUGUUCUUGAGCGGUGAAGAAUGGAAGAUCAACUAACCGAACUUGAUAAGCUGUAUUUUCCGCACAAGUGGCAGAAGAGAUUCCCGUUCGAUCAGGUGCUGGAGGAGCACAUCAAGUUCUUUAACAAGGAAACUGAAAAGCUGAAAAAGUCGAUCAGAUGCGAGCUGAACGUACCUUACGGGCUGCUUCCAAGGGAAAAAUACGACAUCAUUGGCAUCGACCUUCCAGAUGACUCACCUAUUUUAGUGCACGUCCAUGGCGGCUACUGGCAGGUGAAGGAAAUCAGCCACAGCAAUCAAGGUUUUUUGGCGUCGGUUCUCCAUAAAAACGCCAUCAAACUAGCCGCUGUUGGUUACGAGCUGUGUCCGGAACUGUCUUUACAGGAAAUCAUGCUGGAAAUCGAGGUGGCGAUUAGAAGAAUCCUGGACUACGCGAAGAAGAACAAAUCCAGAGGAAUUUAUUUAUCGGGCCAUUCAGUCGGCGCUCAUUUGGUGGCCGCUCUGUUCUCCGGCUUCAUCCAAACUCUUUCCAGUGAAGAACAAAGUCUAGUCAAAGCUGUUUUUUUAUCUUGCGGAUUAUACGAUUUGGGGCCGUUGACCAGCACGAUUAUUAACGAAGGCUUGAAACUAACCGACGAAAAUGCCAAGCUGCUGAGCCCCCAAAACAUGGAACUUUCCAGCCCGGAGCAUGUGAGUGUUUACGUGGUGGCAGCUGAGGAAGAUUCUCCAGCUUUCCUGGACCAGAGCAAGGCGUUUUAUGAGAAACUCAAGAACAGUGGCUUCAAGGUAGAGUAUCGACUUUUGGAGCAAGUGGACCAUUUUAAUGCAGUUGAGAAGAUGAUUGAGGAAGACUUCGAAGCCACUCAGCUGUUUCUUGGGGAAAUUCGCAAUUGAGUCAUUGGUUCAAUUACACGCAUUUUUAAUCUAUGAUUUGAUUCAAUGUGGAAUAAACACUAGAAAUGGUUGA